CGGCGCGGCGCGGCGCGGCGACGUCACCCGGGGGAACGUGCGACAGGGUCGAUUCGCUAAAGCGACCUCGUAGCGUUGACCUGAUUGUUAGGCAUUAUUAAAGUAAACGGUAGCAUGUUUCGGAGGAAGCUAGCGGCUUUAGAGUAUCAUAACAGCGGCGUGUUUGACUGUAAAGAUGAGGUGGCAUUUAGGAAUUUAAUCGUGUGGCUUGAAGAUCAAAAGAUAAGGCAUUAUAAAAUUGAAGAGCGAGGCAAUCUUAGAAAUGUGCACAAUAAUGAAUGGCCAAAGCACUUUGAAAAGUACCUAGCAGAUGUAAACUGCCCAUUCAAAGCAAGUGAAAGACAGGAAAAUAUUGACUGGCUUCUGGGGCUGGCUGUAAGACUUGAAUAUUCUGAUAAUGUGGAUAAAUAUAAGAAUUGUACAGCAGACAAUGUAAGAAAUGACACCCCUAAAGGCACUGAUCCACUUAUUAAUUUGGAUGUUAACAACCCGGACUUUAAGGCUGGUGUGAUGGCAUUGGCUAAUCUCUUGCAAAUCCAACGCCAUGAUGACUACCUAGUAAUGUUGAAGGCAAUUCGUAUUUUGGUACAAGAGAGAUUAAGUCCAGAAGCCAUUGCAAAAGCAAACCGUACAAAGGAGGGUUUUACUGUAUCUUUAGAAAAGCACCUUCUUGGUUUUGAUACUGGAGAUGCCACUCUGAAUGAAGCUGCAAGAGUCCUCCGACUGCUGCAUAUUGAAGAACUACGUGACCUUCAAACCAGGAUUAAUGAGGCUAUUGUAGCUGUUCAGUCAAUAAUAGCAGAUCCUAAAACUGACCACAGGCUGGGAAAGGUUGGAAGAUGAUCAAAAAGUGGAAGUUUGACAUUCUCCACAGCUUUGUGAUUUUGAAACACUGUAGAUGCAAAGAACUGUUUGAGUCUGGAUAACUUCACUAAAGUGAAAUAAAUAUUAACAAAUCAGAAAUUAAAA